GGAGCUCUCUCUCUCUCUCGAGAAGCCCCCAACAACCAUAAUCACCAAUUAUUUUUGCAAUAUCCCAGGGCUCCUCAGUACACCUAUUAUUUAUAGGAUUUUAUACUUUUCAAGUUUUCAUUCAUUAUUUAUUAUUAAAUUUAUAUUGUUUAUUCAAACAAUUCAAAACAUAGCGCACAAGGCAUGUCGUUGAUUGAAAAAAGAAAGCUUUUAUUCUCUCUCUAACGCGUUGCGAGAGAGGGGUGCCAACAACUCAAUUCCACCCUUUUGAAGCAAAUGUACCUGAGACGAGCCAUUUAUUUUGCAGAGAUCGCUUACUUUGAAGAGAGAGAGAGAGAGAGAGAGAGAGUUCGUAUUUCUAGAGAGAGAGAGUUCGUCUUUCUAGAGAGAGAGAGCUUGGUGAGGAAAGGCAAAGGGAUGCAAUUCUCGAUGGUGUUUAGAGAAAGAGACGGUGUUUGCUGUUGCUUGGAGUUCACAACACGAUUAAACGAGGCUAAAUAGCUGCUAUGUACUUAUAGGGUUUCGCGUUUUGAUUAAGUACUGGGAUCUGGUGAUCAGAUCCAGGGCUUAAUCUUUUUGCUUCUCUCUUUACUUUUUAAUGGAUGCCACUUCUCGGCCCGCUGUUGUCAUCGACAAUGGAACAGGGUACACCAAGAUGGGUUUUGCAGGCAAUGUUGAGCCAUGCUUUAUUAUCCCAACAGUGGUGGCAGUGAAUGAAUCUUUCCUGAAUCAGUCAAGGGUGUCAAGUAAAGGAAGUUGGUUAGCACAGCACAGUGCAGGUGUCAUGGCAGACCUGGAUUUCUUUAUUGGAGAUGAGGCUCUAUCCCGAUCUCGCACAAGUAGCACUUACAAUCUUAGCUACCCCAUCCACCAUGGGCAGGUGGAGAAUUGGGAUACUAUGGAGAGAUUUUGGCAGCAAUGCAUAUUCAAUUACUUGCGAUGUGACCCGGAGGAUCACUAUUUCCUUUUAACAGAGAGCCCUCUAACUGCUCCUGAGAAUCGUGAAUACACAGGAGAAAUUAUGUUUGAAACCUUCAAUGUCCCUGGGCUUUAUAUAGCAGUGCAACCUGUCCUUGCCCUUGCUGCUGGAUACACUACUUCCAAGUGUGAAAUGACAGGAGUGGUGGUGGAUGUUGGGGAUGGGGCUACGCAUGUAGUACCGGUGGCAGAUGGUUAUGUGAUAGGGAGCAGCAUCAAAUCUAUCCCAAUUGCUGGGAAGGAUGUUACUCUCUUCAUUCAGCAACUCUUGCGGGAAAGAGGAGAACAUAUUCCACCAGAAGAUUCCUUGGAAGUUGCACGGAAGAUUAAAGAGAUGUACUGUUAUACUUGUUCUGACAUUGUCAAGGAGUUUGGCAAGCAUGACAGAGAACCAUCAAAGUACAUUAAGCAUUGGACUGGAAUCAAAGCAAAGACUGGAGCACCAUACUCAUGCGACAUUGGCUAUGAACGUUUUUUGGGUCCUGAGGUAUUUUUUAGCCCUGAGAUCUAUAGCAGUGAUUUCAUCACCCCUUUACCCUCUGUUAUAGACAAGUGCAUCCAAUCAUCUCCCAUUGAUACAAGGCGGGCUUUAUACAAGAACAUAGUAUUAUCUGGAGGGUCUACGAUGUUUAAAGACUUCCAUAGAAGGUUGCAGCGAGAUAUAAAGAAGAUUGUUGAUGCUCGCGUUGCGGCAUCUGAUGCUCGACUUGGUGGAGACACAAAAUCUCAGCCAAUUGAAGUCAACGUUGUUAGCCAUCCCAUCCAGCGAUUUGCAGUUUGGUUUGGGGGUUCGGUGCUUGCAUCAACACCAGAAUUUUAUGCGGCUUGCCAUACAAAAGCAGAGUACGAGGAGUAUGGUGCGAGUGUUUGCCGAACAAAUCCCGUAUUCAAAGGCAUGUACUAACGUAGAAACAGGUCAAAAGUGUAGGUCAAGUUCUUCAUCAAUCUAGCGGGAGAAAAUCCAGUUGUAAAAUGAAGAUACACCAAUUCCUUUACAUUUCAAGGUUCCAACCUUGGAGUGUUUCAGGGGCCCUUGCUGGUGGUUAUAGCAGGUAGCAUGAGCUCCAUUACUGGAAAACCGGACCCUGAGAGCUGUACAAUAGAUGUGAUAGUUAGGUGAGCUAUGAAUUUUGGUACUCCCAUUACAUUCCUAUUCUUUUUUAGAAAUAAAUCUCAUCAGAUUUCCAGCCAUCAUAAAAGUAGAUGUUGUAUGUUUUGUGAUACCUGUAUGUAGAAGAGCAGUCUUUGACUGGCUUGUACAGCCUAGGCUGGAUGUCAUUUUAACUUUCAGCUUAGUUGGGUAUGGCGUUUCUGCAAUAUUUGAUCCAUAUAUAUUGGCAGUGGAAAUAUUGUUUGGGGUCAGAGGAAAUCAAUCCCCAGUUGGGUACCUUUCAUUGUCACAUAAAUUUCUAUUGCACUCAAUAGUGUCACAAUAUAAAGAGCCAUUUUUCUAUUGGUUUAUCCAUUUCUUUA